GCUAGACGUGAGAAGGUGAACUAGACGAUAGAUAUAAAUACUCGCUAAGGGCAACCCGUGAAGCACACAUGUAUUAUACUCGCGAACUAACAUUUCUGGGAACCAAAAGAAGCUUCAUAAAACCAUACCGAACAAAUGUAAUGCAUGAGAGCAUUCUAUCGCAGCAAUUAUAGGAACUCGGUAGAAACCCCAGCAAGGCGUACAAACACCCCAUCGCCAUCCUGCGCGCUCCGCAAUCACCCUGGACAAUGUUUUGAUGGGAACCGAUCCCUAAACCUAAUUCCCUAUGCUGAGCGACUGGGAAUGGAUCUCGUACCCGCAAGCAGAUGCCCUGAUACCGCAUGUCCCAUAGGGAAUCAAUCAGUCACAACACAGCAUCCCGCGAUGUUAUUUACCUCCUAAUGGCAUACAUGACAAACACGCUCUUGGACAGGCCUUGCCUGUUCAUAUCACUGCCAAUAUCACCCACGGCACUGCUUUUAUGGAUGAUAUUGUUAACCCGCAAUGUUUGCUCGUCCGCGGAAGCGCUGGCGCUGGUUUCCGAGCCGGGCCUAGCAUAGCCGACCACCCCUAGCGGUAUGGCGGGUGGCCACCCCCGAAAGCUCUAAAAACGGGUGAUGUUUGGUGAGUGGAGCUUGGGAGCUUGGGAGUAUGGGACGUCACUUUGGUGCGUAUCUACUGGGCUGCCACGAGUACUCGAGUACCGAAGGGCAGGAUAGCGAUCAUUGGUGCACAAUAAACCUCUGGGCGCGUUCAACAGAUUGCAGAGCCGUAUAUAGCAUAUCGUGCUAUCCCUCAGCUACACCGAGUCACUCGUCCGGGGCAAGAAAUACCCGAAAAUAUAGGUCGUGAGAUUGUGCGAGCGCUCGGAUAAGCGAAGAUUCUUUGCGAUAUAUUUCGCAAAUCUGGAGAACCUAUCCCCGGAUAUCUCUCUCCGGGGACGAGUGCUGUACUAGCACUCGUAAUCAUUAGCCGGGGCCAGCUUGGCUUUGCAGUGCCGAUAGCUCCGAAAUAGCCGCUCAACGUCGCCCGUUGUUUAAACUGAAGAGAUAAAUAUGUGUUGGGAUUUACCUCCAGAACCCCCUUCUCUCGCGGUAACCACGCCCCAACCUCGCGGAUUAUCAUCUAGGCAGGGAUGUCGCUUCAGAAAACGAUGGAAAACAAGUCUCUUGUCAUAUCCCUGGCAGCAUCCGCCGCAAUCCUGACUCUUGUCGCUCCCGUGGUUCGGCGUGAUUAUCAAGCCUAUCUAUCUCUCGGUCCAGGGGGUGUCCCACAUGAUGCCCGUGGGUGGCUCCUCGCGAACCUCCUCCGUCCUUUCGGACGGGAGACGAUGAGCAUCACCGUGUACGGCGGUGCCUCGGCUGGGGUAUUAAAGGAUAUCUCCCGGAGGCCCGGCGGUCGCCCAAGAACAGGAAAGCACCCAAUCCCACAUCGCCAGACUUCCGAUCUAGGUACCUCGGAAACUCGCCGGGUUUGUUUUCUCACCGAAUAUCCGGCGCAAGGUUGCUAAUGAGAUCGCUAUGAGCAAGAGGAGCCACGAGCUUUUAGCGAGGCUGCGAGAGCGGAAUCUUGAGCUCGUUGAGAUCGCUACUUCCGUCCUCGAGCGCCGGGGACCCGCGUUGUUCAUUCAUCGGAAUAUACCUAGUCCGCACAAGGUCGCAGAGUCGACACGGAGGGAAAUCGGCCAUGUCCACGACAGCGAUGGAUCCUUGCAUCUCGUGCUCUCACCAGCCGACUGUGCGGAGGUAAUAGGGAAGGGAUGGGGAGAAAGGCAUCCGUUGAGCGGGAGCAGGCUGUUGCCGUCCCAAUAUCUCUUGGUGUAUGCGCCUAGGGACGAGAGCGAGGUUCAUGUAAUCGAGACAAUAUUGAAGGCAGCCAUUGGCUAUAUGGCCGAUAGCAGAGGAGUUGUAUAG